CUUUGCCGCCUCGUGGGUUGCUUGCCGCUAUAAGAAGGCUGUACCGUUCUCAUCUUAUUCCCUUCUCCCCGUCUGGAAAGCCGGCGAUCGACGGAAUAAGAUCAUCCAACACCGGUUUCUUCCAUGGAGAGCACCGAGCUGAAAGUAGAGAUGGUGGCAUUGCAUGAGAAGAGGGUACGGAAAUGCCUGUCCAAAGUGAAAGGCAUUGAGAGAGUUGAGGUGGAGGCGAGCAUCCAGAAGGUGAUCGUCACCGGGUGCGCGAACCGGAGCAAGAUCCUGAAGGCGCUCAGGAGGGUGGGGCUCCGGGCGGAGCCGUGGUCGCCGCACAACGAGCUGCUCAGCGCCUACGCCGCCGGCAGCCUCAUGUUCAACAACUACAGCUUCUUCUGAAUCCUGAUACCUUCGAGCACCUCUAGCCAGUCAUCGAUAUGAUAUUUCUGCUGUUUGUUGGGGAUUUGGGUGUUGCUAAAUUACGUAGUUUUUUUUUCUUCUUCUCUUUCUUCAUCUGACCGGGAACGGGAUGGCGUCCCACAUGUACACAUGGUCGCGUUUCUCCUUCUUUUGGGGCCUUUGGGGAUCGUGGAGUGGUGAGGGAGGCAGCAGGCAGAUGUAAAAUGUUCUGUUCUGCAGGCAAGAAAAUUAAGCCGGUGUCAUGAACCCAUGAU